CGGAGGAAGCAGCGAGCGACUCGACUGGUCGGAAAGGCAACUCUGCCCCAGCAAACACUGAAAAAUACGACUGCUAGGCACAUAAACUGCAGGGAUGGCAGCCAUCCGUAAGAAGCUGGUGAUAGUGGGGGAUGGAGCUUGUGGGAAGACCUGCCUUCUGAUUGUCUUCAGCAAGGACCAGUUUCCUGAAGUCUACGUCCCCACCGUGUUUGAGAACUACGUCGCUGACAUAGAGGUGGAUAGCAAGCAGGUGGAGCUGGCUCUCUGGGAUACUGCGGGUCAGGAGGACUAUGACAGGCUGAGACCUCUCUCCUAUCCAGACACUGACGUCAUCCUCAUGUGCUUCUCCAUAGACAGCCCUGACAGCUUGGAAAACAUUCCAGAGAAGUGGACCCCAGAGGUCAAACACUUCUGUCCCAACGUUCCCAUCAUCCUGGUAGGCAACAAGAAAGACCUGCGCAACGAUGAGCACACACGCCGAGAGUUGGCCAAGAUGAAGCAGGAGCCGGUGAAGUCAGAGGACGGCCGGGAAAUGGCCGGCCGGAUUGGAGCAUCUGGUUACAUGGAGUGCUCCGCUAAGACCAAGGACGGCGUGCGGGAGGUGUUCGAGAUGGCCACCAGGGCGGCGCUGCAGGCCCGCCGUGGAAAGAAGAGCAGUAAAUGUGUAGUGCUGUAAAAUGGCCGACAUAUUUGGACUGUUUUCACCUUGGGCUACUGUACCCAGGGGCUAGGGCUCGGGAGGGACGGAGGGUAUACUAGACGGGAGAGGGAGGGAGGGGAGGAGACGAGUGCAGUACAUGACUACCGCUGUAAAAUGGCUGUUUGUUGGACUGAAUUUACCUGGGACUUUGGUUUGGGAAUCUUUCAUGGAGAUGGAUUGGUGGGUGGGUGGAUGUAGGGGGUGGGGGUGGGGGGGUGACUACCGCUGUAAACCAUUGGGCUCUUUACCUGUUUACCAUCAAGAUGGGAAAUUAACACCAGCCACCAGCCAAGGGAUGGUACAUUUAUUCUUUUCAACAAGCCACUUACACUGAUGAAGAUCGUUGCGAGAUCCUGGCCCUCUCUGAAACAAUCUAGCUUGAAUAAAAUUGAAAACGUUGCUGGUGAAUUAUGGGAUGUUCCAGACUGCUUUCAGUGUGGACAACAAAAAAAAAAGUUUAGUUUCCUGCCUGGAUGACUUAACAGGUGGAUGGGGGCAAACAGACAGCACAGUAAAUGAGUACCACUGUGAACGGCCACCAGUGGACUGUUUAUCCCCAGGUGUUAAUACCUGGUGUUAGGGCAAGGCGGUGUGGAGUUGGACAGGUGUAGGGAUGGAAAGAAUGAAUCUGCAUACACCAAACCAGAGCCAAACUUGCCAUUUUCAAAGCCUUGCACAUUAAGCCUUCAUGUUACAUGCUGUAGUUACCUGGGCAGGUUGUUUAAACAGCCCCAAAAGUAGACAAAUCACCAGUAAGCUAUUAAUCAAGUGCUCCUCAAAAAUGGUGCUUUAAACAGUUAUGAGUUUGAUUAGCUUGCAGUGCAUUUUAAGAACAAAAAAAAAAACAAACAUAUUUCUUGUGUAAAAUAAGGCAUUUAAAAGUUGAUUGGCUUGUUGUAUCCACAGUGUUAAACAAGUAGCGACGCGCUGUCAGGUGCUCCGGGCUUAGUGUGUCGUGUUAUCAGAGUGGCACGGAGCCACAUGCUCACAUGUCCCGCUCAGUGCCAUUUAGUCUCCCACUGUGGCUAAUCCCGCACUCACAGACGCGCAGUGACAAACACAUGCAGCCGCACUCUGAGAUGGUCUAAUAGUGCUGUUAUUUGCAGUUUGAAUUGAAAGAAAGUGCUGGUUUUAAAAGUGAAACUGCUUGUAAUUUUACAAUUUGUAAUGGCUCUCAUCACCACCUGCAUUCCAGUUGCUGCUUUAAAUAUUGGACAUGUUACCAUAGCAGCGUUGUAGAGGACAGCACGUUGUUUACUAACGUCCAUAGGAGCAGCGCUAUGACCCCCUCAGCGUCUCGGCUGAUAAUUAAAAGCUCCCACAUGCUGGUGAAUCUUUACUGAGGUUGGUUUGUCUACUUUGGGUGCUGAGGGUAAACAUUAGACGUUGGGACUGCAUCAGUGGAAGUGGCGGGUGAAUCAUGGCCCCACUGGAUGACAAAGGUAGCUUCCUGCCCUACAUAGAACAACCUGAGCAAAACGCCGCCACGGCUCAGCUCCCAUCACUUCCUGUUCCACAUAGCUGACUGCUGGUGCUCAUCUUCCCCUGGUUUUAGACCGGGACAAAGAACAAGGAGAGGAGAGUAUCGUGUUUACAUGCACACCACUGAUCUCCUUAUUUGGGAUGAACGACUAUUCAUUUUGUCUGUGUAGACAUGUGUAAAGGUCAAAUGUACAAUAACAGAGCUAGUUCAUGUUUGAGGAAAACAAGGUGCCUGAGAUAAACCAUGUUAUCCGCCAUAAACAUGUCUGUCUUUUACUGGUUAACUGUUGGGACCUGCCAUCUGCUUUAACAGGUGAAAGACAAACAUGACACACAUGAUAUGACCUUUUAAAUCCAGAAUACUGUGCAAGGAAAUGCCAGAAUUGUCCGGUUGGGCAGCCGGAUAGAUUUGGGGUAAAACAUGCUUCAUUAAUUAGCAGAGAGAGAAUGACUGCUGUAUGUUGGGAAUUUUUCAUAUAUUGUAGAGGUCUUUCCAUUCAAAAACUUUUAAAGAGUCCCCUGUCAUAUUUGGGAAUUAUCGGCCACCAUCCUUCCUUGACUCUUCUGUGCAUUUUCCUGGCAGAUUCGGGCUCUCUCUACAGUGUUGAACCCUCCUGUUCUUCUUCCUGGCCUACAGGGAGGAGUCUGUUCCAGAAACUUGGGUCUUGUGUUGUUGUUUUUAUACUUUAUUUCCUGCUUAAAAGAAAUCCUAAAUAUGUUGUCUAUCAGUAUUUAAAAUAGGAGGUGGAAGACUAUGGGACUGCUUAUGUGUCGUCGCUUUAGUUUUAUUCUUCUUUUGUGCUUUACCUGAAUUUUUCUGAUGAUUUACAAUUGGUUGUAACAACCCGUCAAUCAUCCCUGCCAAAUGCUGUUGUUAGGCAGUCAGGAGAAAGGCUGGCCUCUCGGCUGCCUGUCUAGAGCAUCGCCGGCUCUUUUUCUGUUCAUUGUUUUGAGCACAAACUCAGCUGAAAAGACAAAAAGGAAAAAACGAUGUAAGUCUCCUUAUUAUGUACAAAUCAAUUUUAUUUCUACUUUUUAUUGUAUUUUAAAAUCCUGAUUUUUUUUGGAUGCUGAUGUAGUGACGUAAACAAAGGAACAGGAAAACCAAGCUGUAUGCAAAGUCUGUAAAUAUAAAAUGUGGGUUUGUUCAUACUAGACUAUACACACACGCACAGGACUGGAAACUGUAUUUGUAAACUAGCUUUGGUUUGUGUAAUAAAUUACUUUCUAUAACA